AUGGCCUCGAAUACUUUGACACCCAAACCAGAGAACCACAACUCACCUGGAGCUGAACAUCCUGCUUCUGGAAUCCCAAUUCUCCCCCACUUAGAACUCGAUCCACCGCCCACUGACACUCGAGCCACAUCAGACCAAUUGCGCACACCAGCGCUGAAAGGCUGUCGACUACCACCGCGAACAAUAGAACUCAAGCUUAUAAUCCCACCUAACUUGUUAACCUGUUCCGCUGAUCUGCGGAUUCUGCCUUCUUUGUAUUCUAGCCAGAAAGAGAAAGACAAGGUGACUUUUCGGUCGCACGUCUACCGAUUUGUGAGAUUCCUAAACCAUAAUGUUAUUGAAUCUGAAACCCUUCAAUUCAUUCGCCAUAACGAUGCUAGCUGUUGUUGGCUGCUUUCAGAAAAUGGGAUUCUCAAUGAAUUGAAGAUGAAUCAUGUGGGUGUGUUGAUCAAAGGAUGGACUUGGAUUCCUGAUAAUUUGGAUAAUUUGUAUUCCUGUAGAUGCGGUUUGAGCUGUUUGUGGACGAAAUCGCCUGUUCUUCUUGAUAAACCGGAUGCCUUGCUCUUUGAGACCACCACACCUCCAUCUCGAAGACGCAAGGGAGAUCCGCUUCGUGUGUAUAUGGAUCUUGAGGCGGGUCGAAAAAGAUCCGGUUUUGAAGACAUUUUUAUCAGCUACCAUGCCAAAGAUGAUGUUCAGUCAACUUAUGCUGGUGGCCUCUUUCAUAAUAACCGUAAUUAUUAUCUUUCUUCCUAUAAGAAUAACGAAACUCUGGUUUAUUGGUCAUCCUCACGGUGUCUCCCUGAAAGGAAUAAACUCGCGAAGACAAUACUCGGUUUAUUAUCUCAUCAUUCGUUUGGCAAGUGCUUGAACAACGUAGGUGGUCUGGACAUGGCACUUUCUCUAUACCCGGAGUGCACUAAAGACCCGAAUUCAGCCCCUAAAUGGUGGGACCAUCUUCAUUGUGCCAUGUCACACUAUAAAUUUGUUUUAGCAAUUGAAAACACCUACACCCAGAGCUAUGUAACCGAGAAGUUGUUUUACGCGUUGGAUUCGGGGGCGGUUCCCAUAUAUUUUGGUGCACCGAAUGUGAUGGAUUUUGUGCCUCCGCAUUCCAUUAUUGAUGGGUCAAAGUUUAAGUCAAUGGAGGAAUUGGCUGAUUAUGUCAAGGCACUUGCUAAUGAUCCGGUUGGGUAUGCAGAGUAUCAUGCUUGGAGACGCUGUGGUGUGGUUGGCAACUAUGGGGACACACGGGCCACGAGUUUGGACACACUGCCGUGUCGCCUCUGUGAGGCUGUUAGCCGCAGAGCUGGUAGGGAUGCUACGGCCAGGUGAUGCUGCUUGCCCUUUUUUGUUCAAAGAUUUUGUUUUAGGUAUUAAAUGGGAGAGACAACACCAUAUCAAUAUCAUGUCAUGUGUCUGAGUGUCAUACAUAUAUAUAAGCUUUUUUUUUUU